AUGCCGAGCUCGAAGAAAGACAAGAAGAACGCGAAAGAUGGCGGAGGGGUUAGCUCGGCCGUGAGCAAGCUGGCUGCUGCCAGCAAGUUCGCCAACGCGUCGAAGCCUCCCACGGCCACACCUCCCUCCUCUGUUGCCUCGCCCAAUAUUGGGCCCGUCGCACCCUCCUCCUACGAUGGCAACCCGACAAUCUCCCCCCCCCUGGAUGCCCUCUCGACUACGCCUGCGUCCGUCGGAACGGCUGUGAGCGCAAACCCCGACUGGAUCCGGGGCGGCCUGGCCGGGUCGCCUGGGAACCUCAUAAGCUUGAUGGGCGAAUCGCCGCCCACCCAGCCCUCCUCCUACGAGGAUCAUUCACGCCUUCCCUACGGCUGGGCGAACCACCGCCAGUUCAUCCCGUCCCAGCCCGCCUCCCCCUCGCCCCCCAACAGCAUCCCGAGCAGCGUCCCGAACAGCUAUCCCAACAGCUUCCGUCGCCCCCUGAGCUUCCAGCAGGAGUCCCACUUUCCCGUGGAAACCCACGCGCAGGCAUCUGCCGCAGCCUAUCGUCGCGCCUCCAUGCAGUCGCCCUUCUCCCAGGGCAGGGUCGUUCCUCAUCCACCUCCUCCCCAUCACCCCCAGGCCCAUUUCUAUGGCGCGCCGGAUCUUGAUCUCGACAUAGCGCCCCAGAACGGGAUGAAGCCCGGCGAGAACGGUUACCACUUUGGCUUCGACACGCUGCCCUCCCCAAGCACGGCGGCGCUUCCUGGCUCCGACAAUGUUGUCAUCACUGGCUACGAAGGCGGCCUAGAGGUUCAUUCCGUGACCAAGCGAGGUGUGGAACGUGUCGCUGGACUGAGAGGUCUGCGCGGAGGCGUCUACAACGCCAAGAUUCUGCCCUGGACUGCCUCGGGUGACCAUACGGCUCUGUACCCCCUCAUUGCUGUCGUUGUCCACGGCCCCGUACUGCCACAGGGCUCACACGAAGGCCAUUCUGCCGCGCAAGACAACAAUUCGGAAGACAGGCCCGAGCCGCCUGGUAGUCCUCGAACUGACAGCGGCAGCAAGGGAGACCUCGGGCGCCUGCGCCAACCGGAUCCGCUUGGUGAUCAAGGCAGACGCCGCAAUAUCGUUGUGGCUUCCGGGCCUCCACCGGCGAGAUAUAUGGCUUGUACCGCCACCAUCGAGGGAUCGUACGGUGACGGCAAACUUCACUUUGGCUGCACGGGAAAGCUUUGGACCAGCCUCCAGCAACCUACAAGAGGCGAGGUGGCCGAAGAGUCUGAGAGGCGGUCAUCCCCCGCACCGGUUUCCACGCAUCCCAAGCCGAACCCGCACACCCCGAUCUUCGCCGUCAAUGGCCGAUGGAUCGCGUACUGCCCUCCCCCACCUUCUACGCAGAUCACUCUUCGCGCUCACGUUCCGGUUCCGGUGCUCGGUAAAGGCCCGACCCUGUCUUCGGUAACGCCUCCAGGACUUCCGGCUGUGACCUCCGCGAUCGACACGGCCAUGUCAGAGGGUGUGAUGAACAAGAUUAUGCGCGAGACCACCCAGGAGCUCAUCUCGGGUGCCAAGUGGGUAGGUCAGCAGGGUAUGCAGGCUUGGAACGCCUACUGGAACAAGAACACGGCACCGCAGCGGCAGCCUCGGUCACCAACGUUGGCCGCCCAGCAGUGGCCUGGUUCAUACCCUCCACGAUCGGAUGCGGUCCAGUUUCCGCCGACGCAUGCGACGCCGGGCCAGACGCCAGCCAGCAAGGAUCCUGCUCUUGUUUCCAUCGUCGACAUGGGAACCAUGGGGGCUCUCUGCGUCCCUGCACCCCGUCACUGCGUUCCCGACGCCGCUCGGCUGCAGCUUCCUGUCCUUCUCGCCUUCCGGGCUGUCCUUUACACCAAGUCGUCUCCGCUCCAAGUUUCGACGACGGCCAGCGUUGUUGGACCACGGGUUCGCCAGAUCGCGCACUUUUCGCGCAUGACGGUAGCACGCAUCGUGGAGGUGACAUGGUCGCGACCCAACGGUGAGCGAAUCGCCAUGGUCACGGAGCGCGGCACGGGGCACCUGCUCGACAUGCCCGAAAGUGCUUAUACCUGGCCGCCGCCCCGCCGUCGGAAGGAGGCAGAACCGAACGGUGCUCCUGCGUCUGAAACGUCCAGCACUGCCGUCUCGAUUGCCUCCAACGCCUUUGGCGCGCGCACAGCAAUCAACCAGCUGCGGCACACGGGGGAAAACAGGGUGUCCUUACCCCCGAGCACCCUGUUGCCCUCGGCAUCGUGCGUCAUGUGGAUGACGGGUAGAAAGUAUCACUCGCUCUACGUCGUGGGCGACGGACUGGUGAGAACAUUCCCUUCCAAGACCCGGCGAGCAUCGAGCGUGGCAGACAAGCAGCGCAUCCCCAAGGGCAACCGCUACAAGGAUAUGAAGCUGCCCUCGCUUCCCGAUGGCGACAUGGCACCCAAAGUGAAGCAAUUCAUCGAGGGCGACGAGGCUCUCGAACUGUCCGAUCAGGAUAUGGACGCAUGCAACACUCUGACUCUCGAACCACGUGCGAGAACGGUACAGGUUGACUUCAGCCCCGAGGCAUCCAUCCCCCAGGCAGAGAUAGAGUCGAGUGCACCGUACCAGCCUUUCCACACCGACAGGCGUGUCGCGCUGUACGAGUAUGGUCCCGCUGCGGGCGAUGCGGACGCCUCGGCGUUGACGGUGAUGCUCGGCGACAUCAACCUCGAGGACAAGGCAACCUCGAAGCAACAGAAGAAGAAGCAGCAACAGCAGCAGCAGCAGCGGAUGCAGGUCCAGGCCGCUGCCCCUGCAGCAGACUUUUCUCAGCCAUGGGCGUUUGGUCAGAAGCUUGAUCUCAUCAGGCUAGACUUGAGCCACGUACAGCUGUCUGACGAGGAUUUCAACACCUCAGACGACCCGCGCGCUCUCCCCCUGACUUCGAUGGAGCGGGUGAUGCAUGUGGGGGAGAAUCGAGACGAGAUUGUGGUGACGACGCGGCGACGCCGCGGCGCACGCCACCCAGAGGACGAGGACGGAUUCUUUGAGGACGACUGCGAGGUUCUCGAUUUCGCGGACCAGAGAGUCUGA